CCCGCCCACCCGCCGCUGCCCGGAGCGGACCGGGCCGUCCCGCCGCCGGUAGGUGCGCGGCCGCCCCGCCAGCCGCCGCGACGGGGGGGGUGUCAGCCCGGCGGGGCUCCUAGCGGAUCUUCGCCGCGCGUGGGGUCGGGCCGGGGGGCACCGCGACAGGCGAGCGGAACGGCCGCGGCGGGGCCGCGCUGCGCUGCUGGCGCUCCGCGGUGACGUUAGGAGCGGCGCUUUCCGAAAGUGCGAUCGCCCGAGCCGUGCUUCCAUGGCGCUGUUUCGGUAGCCGCGAGCUGACGCUCGGCGCUGCGCCUGCUAAAAAGGCGCGCUUCCAGCUGUUACUCAGAGUCACUGUCUUUCGCUCCACACGCUGGGACGGGUUGUGGGGACAGGCGGUGGAAGCCGCGUCCCUGCAGACAGUCAGGGUCAGGCCGGACGGGGCUCGGAGCUCACGGUCCUGCUGUAGGUGUCUGUUUGUCCACUGUGGGGCAGUUGGACUGGAUGGCUUCUAAGGGUCCCUUCAACUCAAACGCUUCUAUUCUGCAGUCCUACGCUGUGUGGCCAUAGCAGCGGGAGGGAGGCUGUGACCCAGCCAGUGUACGUGAAGAAGAAAACUCUUUCAUUCCAAAAGGAAAAGAUCCAAUACUGACUUUAAUACAAAGUGAUGUGAUAGAGCCUAUCUGUGGAUAGGACCGUUUGGAGACAUGAAUUAUUCCCGGUUUAUCACAAGUGUGAGUGCAGCCAGAAAAGCAUCUCCGAUAAGAGUUCUGACUGAAUUGAUGCAAAAAUCUCCUCCGUCUCUCAUCUCUCUGGCUGGAGGGGCACCAAACCCUGCCGUUUUUCCAUUUAAGAAGGCUACUAUUGCCACUGGACAUGGAAAUGCUGUUGAGAUUGGGGAAGACUUAAUGAAGAGGGCUCUUCAAUACUCUGCCUCAGCAGGGAUUCCAGAACUGUUGUCGUGGCUAAAGAAUUUUCAGAGGAAUCUACACAAUCCCCCCACAGCCAACUACAGUCCUGAGCAAGGACAAAUGGAAGUGUGUGUCACAACCGGCAGCCAGGAAGGCUUGUGCAAAGUGUUUGAAAUGCUCAUUAAUCCUGGGGACAGCAUCCUUUUGGAUGCCCCCACAUAUUCUGGGACACUCGCAGCUCUGAGACCUUUGGGCUGUAGCAUCAUUAACAUUCCUAGUGACCAACAUGGCAUUAUUCCAAAAGCUCUAAAAGAAAUUCUGUCUGCUUGGAGUCCAGAAGAUAUAAAAAAUCAUAGCCGCCCUCUCCCCAAAUUCCUGUACACAAUUCCAAAUGGCUGCAACCCAACUGGAAACUCUCUGACCACGGAUCGCAAGAAGGAGAUUUAUCAGAUUGCAAGAAAAUAUGAUUUCCUUAUAAUAGAAGAUGAUCCUUACUACUUUCUUCAGUUUGAAAAGCCAUGGGCUCCAAGUUUCCUCUCAAUGGAUGUGGAUGGCAGAGUCAUCAGGACUGACUCAUUCUCUAAAGUUCUCUCUUCUGGGUUGAGAGUAGGUUUUCUGACAGGCCCCAAGCCUCUCAUCGACAGAGUUAUUCUACACAUUCAGGUUUCUACAAUGCACACCAGCACUUUCACACAGAUGAUAAUAUCACAGCUUCUUCAGCAGUGGGGAGAAAAGGGUUUCUUGGAGCACACAGACAGAGUUGUGGAGUUCUACAGGACCCAGCGGGAUGCAAUGCUCAUUGCUGCUGACAAAUGGUUAAAAGGCUUGGCAGAAUGGCAUCCUCCUGCUGCUGGCAUGUUCUUAUGGAUCAAAAUUAAGGGAGUUUCUGAUACACAGCAGCUGAUCAUGGAAAAAGCUUUGCAAAAAGAAGUGUUACUGGUUCCUGGAGGAGUGUUCAACAUCGAUAGUUCAGAGCCCAGUCCUUAUGUCAGAGCUUCUUUCUCUCUGCCUUCUCCAGCCCAGAUGGAUCUGGCUUUCCAGAGACUGGCUGACCUUAUAAAAGAAGCUGUAUGGAAAAAAUGAAUAGAGCUCAUACAGCUAUCAAAAUCAUCUCAAGAAAAUAUAUGUUAACAUUGGGAUUGCAUCAGAACACUUUAAAAACAGGUGCAGUACCAUGGAUGUUUCCACUGUUUCAGCUGAAAAAACAAAACACAACAAAAAAACAACAUGCUGAUAUUUUUAAUCUGUCAGUACCUUGCACUGCUAAAUUUAUUCUAAUCCAAAAAUGUUUGAUAUGCUUAAAAAUAAAAUGUUCUGCUUCCUGUCAAA